AUGCGAAGUCAAGUUUUGCGGACUUCCGUGAAGAAGUUGAAGCAUUUGAAGAAGGUUUUGAUGAAAGAAAUCGCCCAGGUGGAGGGGCCCCUCUGGUGCGUCGAGAAAGUCCUGUACCCGAGGCCCUUCUGCAUGCGCCGCUGCGUCCGCAGGAAGAAGUACCGCUGCAGACUGCAGCAGCAGCAAAUUGAACUUGCAUGCAUUCACCUGCAGCAAGCCAUCAAGGCUUACCUGCGGUGGGCCGGGCCGGACUUCCGGAAGUUCACAGCAGCGCGGCAGGCCUUGGGGGACAAGCUGCCGCGGAUGUGCGCGCGGGUGAAGUGCGGCUGCUGCUGCAAGUGCUGCUGCAGCUGCUGCUGCUGCCUCUACUGCUGCUGGAAGUGCUGCAUGCGCUGCUGCAACUGCUGGCGCUACCCCUGCUACAAACUCACUUACUGCUGCCGCAGCCACCCCGAAAUGCUGCAGCGGCGGGCCGUCUGCAGGGCGCUGUGCGAAACGCUGGAGAGCGAGCUGGAGCUGCUGACUGCGCACUUGGCAGCUAGCUGCUGCUGGCUAGCUCGCAGCGGGCUGCAGCAGCAGCUAGCUGAGCUAGCUGUGGCCCGCGCCCACCGCUUCCUCAACGCUGCCCGCAGCAAACUCCACCAAGUCCACUUCACUCUCUGCGAAAGACCCAGCACUGUGUCUCAGAGGCUCGUCGAGGCCACUCUCCACAAAGCCCAAGACGACUUGGAACAGGCCAAGGCCAUCAUAGGGCCCCUCCCCUUCAGGGGCCCCCGGCCCCACGACAGGGGCCCCCGCGAGCACCAGCUGCUGCAGCUGCCCCCCGAAGACGGGCUCGUGGCGCCCCACGCGCAGGGGCUCGAGCCCCCCCGAGUUCCCUUCCCGCUGCUCCGCACGCCCUUCUCCUACAGCUGCUUCUAG